GAUCUGCUUACACUGUACUGGAGCCUACUAAGAAUUCUACUGUCAAACCUGGAUGGUGCGGGUACAAAACGGAGAGGUGUCGGCGCCGUCUGGGACCUGGCACUGCUGGCCUCACAUAUCCUUCUCUCCUCAGAACCUCAACCCGUGCAGAUCCCCAGUUGGCUGACGCAACUGAUCCUCCGUGAUCCAUUCACGGUGUCGAAGACUACCGUGACCUCUGCAUCGGAUCCUCGCCCCCUGCCUUCUGCGGUAACACCUUACUUGCGCCUGCUUUUGAAAUUUGACCGCCUGCAAGAGGCCUACAGACUGUCGUGUGAUGUUCUCACCGCAGCUUUGGGACCGGAAGCGGUGCCCUUGUUCUCCUCGGUCAAGACGGUAAGUUGUUUGGCUGCCUGCGGCCGCACUUGGUGGGGAUUAAAUAGUAAUGCAAGAUCCACACAGAGUUGUGGCAUCUUGCGUUUUCUUGCCUGA